AAUUGACUUUUUAAAAGAUUUUUAUAUAAUUUAUUGUUUCGUCAAUUGGCAUUCUUGAACGAGAAGUAAAACUGACAACAUAACUCUACAAAAUUCCUUAUGAUUGUAAGCUGUUGGAUAAAUAUCGAGUCGACACGACGUGCUUGUGUAAAGUUUUAUACGAAUUUCAUUGGAGUGCAUGAAACUAAAUCUCGAUUUGGUAUUAUCAGGCGUGAGUGACCAUGCAUGUAAAUGUUUGACGGUGUUAUUUUUUUUAUCUUUGUAGUUUGAUGUGAAUUUCAGUGGAUAGUUUUAAUAUUUUAUGGGUUGAAUUCGAAAUGUGAAUGUAAUGAUUGCGGUCAGUGAUGAAUCUUUCCCCAGCUCUUCUCUAAUUGACAUAGUACGAUCGUAUGUCUUGGAACUCAUUGGCACUGUCACUCAUAUUUUAGAUUUAGCCUCAAAUUUUACUCUACCGACUAGUUUAUCUUUCCACCUGGUUUACGACUGUUACGAUAGUUUCAUCAAUUGGUUAGCCUUUGACGAAUUUCAGAUAAAGCUCUUGAAAGGAUUUCUUGUAAUAUUAUGUACUAAUGUGAUUCUGAUAUACAUUUCCUGGAAGAUCUUCGGCAAGAAAAUAUUUGAACGAUUUAUGAGACCACCCACAUCUAGUGCUAUACAAGAGCUGAAAAAUAGUGUAUCACUUUUAAAACUUCCAAAAGAACAUUCUCCUAGGGUUUAGUGUCAAUUAUAGGAUAUCAAAAAGAAAUGGCUGACAAAAUCAAGAAAUAUUUUCAAAAGAAGAAAGCAGAUGCCAAGUUCAAAUUGGCUGGUCCAGGACAUCGACUUAAUGAAGAGUCUAGUCACAAUCAGCCGAAGCCACACUCUACCAAACAUCAACAUAGUGGCAGUGGAUCACGUUCUGCUCCUUCAGCAGAAGCGAAGCAAGCGGCUGCUGCAGCUCUUGCUCGGAUGGAGGGAGGAGGAAGGAGGCAUGAUCAAGCUGCGUUUAAUACGUCUCUUGCUGCCAUUCAGGCUCAAGUGCGCAUGGAAUUAGAAGCAGAAAAAAAAGCACAAUCUCAAACACCCCAAGUUGAAACUAAAACUGAAGCAGUUGUAAUUGAAACUUCUACUCACUUUGCUGUUCAAGGAGUGUUUUUUAAGUGUCCAAUGAUAGGUUCUGAUAUUCUCACAAAGGAUGAAUGGCAUAAAAAGAUUCGAGAAUUUUUAUAUGAACAACUGGAAGAAGAAAGAGGUCUUACAGCCUGCCUUAUUAUUCAAAGUUGUAAUAAAAAUAGAGAGAAGGUUGAAAUGUGUGUUGAAACCCUUUUCAAAUAUCUAGAAAACAUCAUUCAUAACCCUACUGAAGAGAAAUAUAGGAAAAUUCGUUUAACUAACAAGGUUUACCAAGAAAGGGUUGCCCCCAUUGAGGGAGCACAAGAUUUUCUUCUUGCUGCAGGGUUUGAUGUAAUGAAAUUGCCUCAUGGUGAAGGAGAGGAAGAUUUCUUUGUUUUCACUGAGGAUGUUGGUGAAUGUGUGGAAAAUUUACAGAUUUUGUGUGAUGCCCUGAAAUCGGCUGAACCAAUUGCCUUGGAACUUGACCGCAAUCUUCAAGUUCUUUUACCAUCACAAGUGGCCGAGCGAGUGGAACUACCUCCAGUGUUUUUUAGUGUAACAGCAGAGGAGUUGAAGAGAGAGCAGCAGCUGAGGGCUGAGGCAAUUGAAAAGAGUAUGAUGUUGAGAACAAAAGCAAUGCGUGAAAAGGAAGAGCAGCGUGAAAUGAGAAGAUACAGAUAUGCUCUUAUAAGAAUUCGCUUUCCAGAUGGAGUGUUUCUACAAGGUACAUUUACGGUGUAUGAAAAAGUAGAUGCUGUACGCACUUUUGUCAGUGAAAACAUUAUUGAUGAAGAUCGACCUUUCAUUUUAUCUACGGCUACUGGACAUAGGUUAACUGAAGAAGAUUACGAUCAUUCUCUGCUUGACUUACGCUUGGUUCCUGCCAGUAUCUUAAUAUUUACUUGGGAGACUUUGUUACCAAAUGAAUCAGCUGGACAAUCCAUGUAUCUCAAACCAGAGAUAAUGUUGCUUUUGCAGUCGCUGUAAUUACUUUCUUCAAAACAUUUUACACUCUAAUUGCUCGCAAUGCUGUUCAUAUUUAUUUUGAAUAUUGUCCAUUAAUUGUUGGAAAAAUAUUUAUAACAACUUGUUAUUUAUUGUAAAUGUUAUAAAGUUUUACAAGUGCUCCUAGCCGUUAUAUGUAUUUCCUUACAGUAUAGUAAAAACUAUAUAAGACUUAUUUAUUAGCCAAGAAACCUUCAUUAUUUAUAUCUAUGUUGGGCAGUAAAUGUGUGAAGGUUGUGUCAUUUGUAAUUUGGGAUAUAAAGUCAACAAUAUUAUUAAUAUUAUUUAUUCUGUUUGCUCUGUUAAUUUUAGUUUUACCAUCCUAUUUCAGUUAUAUGUAGAAUAUUACUUAUAUGGAUGCGGAUGAGUGCCCCUUCAUGGAAAGUAGAGAGAAUUAUAAUAGAAAGAAUAAUAAUUAAUAAUUUUGAUAAUUGUGUUAGUACAGAAAUGAAAAUUUUGACUUUGUUUGAGGCAGCCAAUUAUGUAUUUUGAUGAACCAUGGUACACACUAUUUUGGAGCAAUAUUUGGAAGUUAAUAUGCUAUUGGCAGUGUAUAGUAAAAAUGCAGUCUGCUCAAAACAAAUAUAAUUGUAAUAAAAUAAAAUUGUAAAUUCAUAAAUACUCAGUGUCAAAACUGCCUUGUAUAAUCUGUAUAUUGAAUGUGAAGCUGUAAAGAUGAAUAAAAGAUAAAAGAAAUUGAAAUUUUU